AUGUAUGGAAUCAUACACCUUUUUCUGGAUGAAAUCUACAUUUACAACCCUGCACAUCUUAUCCCAUCUUUCUCCUUCUGUCUGCAGCAGCUAACUGGCUCUUUGUUGGCAGUGGCAUUCCUCACCUCCUUUGGGAGCUCCAUGCUUUAUGGCUACAAUCUGGCUGUGGUCAACUCCCCUGCUGUGUACAUAAAGGACUUUUACAACAAGACAGCACUGGACCGUAAUGGAACAGGACUCAGUGAGGAGACCUUGACCCUCAUGUACUCUCUCACUGUGUCUGUCUUCGCUAUUGGAGGUCUGCUGGGCUCCCUCAUUGUGGGCAUACUGGUCACUCGCUUUGGCAGGAAAGGCACAGUAGUAAACACAACAGUGCUGGUGUUCAUUGCUGGCACACUCAUGGGCUUUAGCAGGAUUUGUAGUUCACCUGAGAUGGUCAUCAUUGGCCGCUUCAUCACAGGAAUUCACUCAGGGAUCUCUCUUAGUGUUGUACCAAUGUACCUGGGUGAGAUAGCGCCAAAAAACCUGCGAGGCUUCCUUGGUCUUGUGCCGAGUAUCUUUAUUGGCACCGGAGUCUUCGCUGCCCAAAUCCUCGGCCUCCAUGAGCUUUUAGGAAAGGAGGAGCACUGGCCCGUCUUUCUUUCAGUGGUGGUGCUGCCCACCUUCAUCCAGUUGAUGCUGUUGCCAUGGUUCCCAGAAAGCCCCAGGUACCUGCUGAUUGAAAAGCACAAUGUCCAUGCCACCAUCACAGCUCUGAAGUGGUACAGAGUCAAAUGUAACAUCCAGGCUGAGAUUGAAGAGAUGCAAGAGGAGCAGCGGUCCCUGUCAUCAGUGGAGACGCUGUCAGUAUGGAAACUGUUGCUGGAUGAUACAGUCCGCUGGCAGGUGCUCAGUGUGGUGGUCAUCAACAUCGGCAUGCAGCUGUCUGGCAUUGAUGCUAUCUGGUUCUAUACCAAUGACAUCUUUGAGAAUGCAGGUGUCCCAGCACCAGAGAUCCAGUAUACCACAGCAGGAACAGGAAUAAUAGAGAUCAUCGCUGGACUCAUUGGGUGUUUCACCAUAGAGAAGCUGGGACGAAGGCCUCUCAUGAUCGGGGGCUUUGCCACAAUGGGCAUCUGCAGUGCUGGAAUAACAUUAGCCCUAAUUUUACAGACUCACCUGUCCUUCAUGCGCUACAUCAGUGUCUGCUGUGUGGUCGGCAUCAUCGCUGGCUUCUGUAUCGGUCCAGCCGGUGUUCCCUUCCUGAUCACAGCAGAGCUGUUUAAACAGUCCCAUCGCCCAGCAGCCUACAUUGUAGGAGGAUCACUCAACUGGCUGUCCAACUUCACUGUAGGCUUCGUCUUCCCCUUCUUACAGAUGUCAGCGGGGUCUUACUGCUACUUGGUAUUUGGUGCCAUUUGUCUGUCAGUGGCAAUGUAUGUCUAUAUUGUGAUCCCGGAGACCAAAAACAAGACGUUCAUGGAGAUCAGCCGGAUGUUCUCGAAAAAGGAGGCAGUCCUGGAGACCCAGGGCCUGAUCCAUGGGGACCAGCUGAAGCUGAAGAAGAUGAACGGCUAUGGUGGUGUUGAACAUGCUUCCCUGGAGUUCGACAGUUCUUCUUCUGUACCUUAACUGAGCUUCAGGUUCUCCCUUUGACUUCAAAACCAUUCAGUACCUUCUAUGAUUCAUUCUACUGUUUUGAUGUGUACACUUAAACCAAACACCACCUCAUCUGGACUCAGUGAAGCUGGACUUUUCACUUGGAUCACACUCAGGUUCAAAACAAAGGUGGAAAUACAGUACAUUUCUAGUAAAUUAACUUAUCAAUUUAAUAUUUCAGUCUGUUUGAGCCAUUACAGGAAAAUUCCAGUUAAUUUUAAUUUGGGACUUAUUAUUAUAGGUUUGGCCAUUCUUCUGAUCAGUGUUGACAACACUGAGCCUCAUGCAAAAAACAAAUGGCAAUAAUAAAAUAAAAUUUGUACUAAACUGUAGUUUUCGUUCAGAACACCGUGACAUUCCAUGUUUUGAACAGUAACUUCAUCACAGAAAUGUAAAAAUGACUUAGCAUUAUUGGGCAGAGGGCUAUUAUAUACUAAUAUGGCACUUUAAAAAAACAACAACAACAACAAUAAUGUUGUAGUAGUGUUUUUAAUGUAACAAAAAUGUAACAUGUACAUAAGUAUUCACACCCUUUGCCAUGACAUUCAA